UCUUAAAUCCCCUCAAAUAGAACGUGUGACGUAAACCAGUAUUUACGAAGCACAGAAAAUGAAUUAAUUACUGACAUAUAAGAUUAUGAUCAGAAGUCGUUCAGGUACAAACCCUUCAUGUUUCAUGCGAGAAAGCAUUCAGAUGAGAAUUAGGGUGAGGAUAUAGUGACAACUAAAUUAAAGAAACAUAGUGUAUGUUAUACGCAAUACAUAAAAAAUGAACAUACUUAAAUGAAAUGAAUGAAAUUACCUAUAAAAGGUAUUUUUUUUACACUUAUCAGAACUUGGGACUUUUUAAAAGCUUAUAAAUGUCUUCUUUGCACAGUAUCCAUGAAGGUGGAUACAUUAUAGGGUCAUAUCAAUAGUUAUGUACUCGGAAAUCAACAUUUUCUAGCAUUUCCGGGGUUUUUUGAGAUCUAGUUAUUUUCGUUUUCCUUUUGAAUUUCGCGAUUUUAUCUAAUGUAGCCUCCCCUUUAUCUCCAAUAGUCUGUAUAUAAGACGAAAUUUCUGCGAAUUAUCAUACAUUGUGCUCCCAAUAAGUUCUCAUCCAACAACUAAAAGGUAAGUAUUAAAUUAAUUUACAAAUUAAUAUAUUUUAUUUAAAAAAUGUCUGUUGUAAUGGUACGGAUAUUGAUUUAAAGAAACGUUCUUGUGUCGAAUCUUUGAUAGUCGCUACUUGAAGCAAGAAGCUAGCACGUAUGACAGCCAGUUUAUCUUGUGUUGCCCCUGCAGCCGGGUUGAGGAGAUCAGAUAGUAUUUUUAUGUCACGUUCAUCCUAGAAGCAUGUAAAAGUAAAAGGGACAAAGCUUAUCAGCUCAUUGCACUAAGAUAAUACCUGAAAUGGUAGAGUACGGAACGAUACGUUCCACAUUGCAAGUUAUCAUAUUUUUCAGUUCUCUUCAGAACUGUGUUCUGUUCUGUUAAAAAAAAACGGCAACCGCACUAUUCGUCUUUAUCUUUCUUACAGCGGUUCCAGCUUAAUAAGCUCUUAAAUCACUGAUUUAAAUGUAGAGGCUCAAGGCUGACUGAACGGAUAACUGGUUACGGUCACCAAGCCAAACUCACUGAGCGCGACGUGUCGCGGUUUCGAUCGCCGCGUACGAAAAUCGUUGGUGUGAUCCACAGAUGCUUGUCCUGAGCCUGGGUGUCUUUGUGAAAGUGACUUUUGACUUCCUUUGGUUUACGAUUAAAAAAAAUAGAAGAAGAAGCGAGAACACACUCAUCAUAGUGCAAGAUGAGUGUAGCAUUGUCCUGCUCUAACAACAGACUUACUCUUGCGAAUCCUCGGAAUAAAAUGUAUGUUUCAGUUCUAACCAUGAGGCUGGCCAUCCUUUCCUGUCUUCUCGCCCUGUCGUAUGUCACCGCCCAGGAGAAGCCGGUCAUCCUCUGCGGACGCCAGCUCGCCAAUGCAAGAGUACUGCUCUGUUUUGGAGCUGAGUACAUCAGCAAAAGGUCGCGGUUGGCUGACUACUUCGGAGACCAGAUGAAUGAGGUGGACUGGCCUUGGGGCGGUCGCCACGGCGCCCUCGCAGCCGGUCGCAACUGGUCUCGAUACAAGCGCGACGGCCUGGUCGACGAGUGUUGCCACAAACCAUGCACAACUGACGUCAUACUCAACUACUGCUAAACAAUGAACACAGAACGCCACAAGAUUGUACAUUUUAUACGUCUAUUUUAUAAAUUACUGACAUUAUUUUGAAGUAAAUACAGUUU